AUGGAGCUGACCAUCUUCCUCCAGAACAACAAAGACAUGUUCGCGUGGUCACCAUCUGACAUGCCUGGCAUUGACCCAAAUAUCAUCUGCCAUCGGCUCCAUGUCAACCCUGCUAGCAAGCCCGUGGUGCAGAAGAGACGCAACUUUGCUCCCGAGCGGGUCGCGAUCAUUGAAGCCGAGAUCGACAAGCUCCUAGCUGCCGGUUUCAUUGAAGAGGUCUCCUACUCGGAAUGGCUGGCUAACGUUGUUCUGGUGGCGAAACAAGAAAAGGGAAAAUGGAGAGUAUGCGUUGAUUACACCGACCUCAACAAAGCAUGCCCUAAAGACAACUUCCCAUUGCCGAGAAUCGACCAGCUCGUGGAUUCAACUUCCGGCAACCAGCUGCUCAGCUUCAUGGAUGCUUACUCCGGCUAUAAUCAAAUUAUGAUGUACGAUGAUGACAAGGCGAAGACCUCUUUCAUCAUCGAAAGAGGGACCUACUGCUACAAGGUCAUGCCCUUUGGGCUGAAGAACGCUGGAGCAACCUACCAAAGGCUCGUGAAUAAAAUUUUCAAGGAGCAGAUCGGCAGAACCAUGGAGGUGUACGUGGACGAUAUGCUGGUUAAAGCCCCCAAGCGGGCAGACCACCUCAAAAACCUCACCGAGGCGUUCAGCCUACUCCGCCAAUAUCGCAUGAAGCUGAAUCCAAGUAAAUGCACGUUCGGUGUAUCGUCUGGCCGGUUCCUAGGGUACUUGGUGACGCAACGAGGUAUCGAGGCACACCCGCGCCAAAUCAAAGCCAUUCUCGAGAUGAAGUCGCCUUCCACAGUGAAGGAGAUACAAAGCCUGACGGGCAGAGCAGCGGCCCUUAACAGAUUCCUCUCAAAGUCUACCGACAAGUGCAGACCAUUCUUCAAAGCUUUGAAGAAAGGACAAAAAGACAAAUGGGACGAAGAGUGCGAAGUAGCUUUCCAGAAUCUAAAGACCUACCUUACUUCACCUCCCUUGCUCUCAAAGCCAGUUCCUGGUGAAGACUUGUUCGUGUACCUGGCAGUGUCCAACUCGGCCGUCAGCUCAGCUCUCAUUCGAGAAGAACUUGGGGCCCAACAUCCGAUAUUCUACACGUCAAAAGCUCUCCUCGAUGCAGAGACUCGUUACCCGAAGUUGGAGAAGCUCAUUUUGGCCCUUGUGGUUUCUGCGAGAAAGCUGCGACCUUAUUACCAAGCUCACCGAGUCAUCGUCAUGACCGACUUUCCUUUGAGAUCAAUCCUCCACAGCCCUGAUGCUUCUCAGCGACUCAUGAAGUGGGCUAUAGAGCUAAGCCAAUACGACCUCCUCUACCGGCGAAGACUGCAAUAA